AAUGGCUGAUGUUUGCCGUCAAGUGAAACGUCAAAAUUGACAACACUGUCAUAACCUUUAGACGUACGAUCUGGAGUGAAGUUUCCAUACAUUUAAACUCAGAUAAAUUUAUUUUAGAUAAUCGUCGGUCUUAGAGGGGCGGAAGUAGUGGUUGAUUCAGUUCGAAGAUGUGGCUAGGAGUUUGCAGGAUGAAGUCGCAUCCAGUCUGACGUAAAACAUAGUGGAUCAUUUUAAGAUCAUAGCCAUUGUAUGGAAUAACAAUACGACUAGAUACCAGUAAAGUUGAUGACGAAGGAAUACAAGAUGUUUAACCGCUUUAAAUCGGCACUGCUCACCGCUGUGGGGGCAAGUGAGAUGGGAUUGGAAUAUCCCAAUGAAUCCGAUAGCGAAAUUGGAACGGAUUUUUUGAAUUCCAAUUUAGUAUUUGAAAUCGAAAGCAAGCCUUACAGUAGACCAAGUUUUUUGGGACUUACCAACGAGGAAACUCAGGUCAGUGCUGAUCACAGAGUGCGUCCGAUCAUCGUUCCGAGAGACUUGAGUCGACUGCCAUGGUGUGCAGGAUACGCGGAAUGCAUAAACGCUGGCAAAAGUACGUGGAACGAGGAUCAGGCGACUGCGACACGCGGAGAUCUGAAGUUAUCCGAUUCCAACGUAACUCUUCCCUACAUAAUGUUCUCCAUGUUCGACGGACACGCCGGUUAUCUCGUUGCUCUCACUGCAAGACUUCACCUCCACAGAAUAAUCUACGAAAAGCUCGCCUCCAUUCCCGGGGAGUAUUUGCUGAAUCAAAACGAAGACGCUGCGAUAAAAAAGGAAGACCUUGUCGUGGGCGCCAUUGAAUUGGCAUACAACCAAAUGGAUCAAAUGGUUGAAAUGCAAUCCCAAAAGGGUGGUGGCGGGUGCACCGCUAUCACGAUAUUGUUUCUCAACGGAAUUUUGUACGCGGCUGGUGCUGGAGAUUCCAGAGCCAUUCUGGUCGUUGGCGAUCACGAACGUCCUCUGACUCGAGAUCACACGCCCGAUUCAGAGUCGGACCGAGUGAGGGCACUGGGCUCUCUGAGGGGUGGGGAGUUAUUGCGAGGGCAAUUCACGGCCCUCGAGUUCGAAAGACGUCCGUUGGAAAGGGAACUUGGCUCCAAAGUUCUCUACAGAGAGCCCUUCAUGACCGGUUGGGCAUUCAAAACUUUGGGCUACACGGAUCUGAAGCUUCCUUUGAUAUCCGGGCGGGGAAAGCGGAGUAGAGUCAUGGGCACCAUAGGAGUGACCAGAGGUUUCGGUGAUCACGGUCUGAAAGCCGCCAACACCGGAGUGACCAUAAAACCAUUCUUGUCCUCUCAACCGGAAGUCACAUCUCUAAAAUUAGAUUCUUACGAUCUGAACGAAAGAGACUGCGUUAUAAUGGCAACCGAUGGUCUCUGGGAUGUUGUUUCCGACGAAGAAGCGGCCAAUAUUUUACGAAAGACGGUCGCUCCCGACACGCCGUCUUUAGAAUAUAGACUUACAAUGGGCGCCCAGGAAUUGGUGCAGGCCGCUCGAGGUCGUCUGGUGGGUCGAGUAUGGCGUGGAAAAGCCGAAGCAUCUGAAAAUAAAAAUUUAAGGUUAACGAACAUGGCCUCCGUCGACGACAUAAGCGUUCUCGUUGUCCCCCUCUACCCUUAUCUAUGCGAACACAGACAGUGGUUGAAAACAAUCCAACAAGAUCAGAGACAUUCGGCAGACUCCAUGUAACGACCGCGAAGUAAUCGAACGAUCGAAUGAUUCCGUGCAUCGAAGAUCAAGGUGAGCUGUUGAAAUUCACGAUUGAUCGAAUCUUAGUUAAUUGAGGCAUACGUAUAAGUAGAAGUAUGAAUACCGAAUGUAAGAAACAAAUAUUUCAAACGUCCGUUUGGUAAACAAAAAAAAAAUGAAUUUCUAGCCCGAUUUCCUAACCCAUUGAAGGGCACUGAAAGAUGGUCGUGGCUCAAAAGCGACCCUAAAAAGUCCAGUUUGAAAUAUCAUUUCAGGAGCACCUGAUAGGUCGUUAAUUUUGUCGUGAUCGGUAUUUUUUUAUUUAUUUCUAACAUUAUUCUUCUAACAAUUCCGUAAAUGUGAUUUCGAAGGACCCCACUGCAUUUCCGGUGGCUUAGAAACUUUAGGACGAGUGCCGAUUUCAAAUACUCGCAGUAAAACUGUUUAACCAUCUUAUCCAUGUAUAUUGAGUAGAUGAAAUCGAACGAUUUAAUAUACGGUAAUCAGCAAUACCAGGCUUACCCAACCUACAAUUACGUAAAUUUAUGUCCAUUUCACACGUUCUGGCCCAUUCUUUACUGUGUAAACAUUCCAUAAACAAUUCCAUAAAUAAUAAUCACCCGAAAUGUAUACGAAUUUUCAUUCGUUAUCGUCAGCCAACGGAACAAGCGAGUCACAAAAAUCUAUGUACCGUGUUGUCUGGUUGUGAAACAGCUUGUCCAAACUUGAGAGGAACGGAGAAUAGAAAACGAAAAGUAACCAAAAAAAAAGAAAGGUGAUAAAUAAAAUGAGAUGAUGAUGGAGAAAA